AUGGAAAAGUGUCGUCGCCGCGACCUGGACUCUGAUCCGGACUCGGAGGCGGAAUUGGAGGAUGGAACAGAGGCAGGGGGCAGAGGCAGAGUCCUGGGCAUUGGCCAUUCGCACGUCUGUCGGUUUAUGCAACAUUUUAGCAAUUAUAUUCGCGUCGGGCGACAUUACAACGGCAAUUACACGCAGGAGCCGCAGAACAUGCCCGUGGGCGAGGUUUGUGGAGAGGGGGGUGUGUGUGCCACUCCGACUGGCAUUCCGGCUUACUGGCAUUCCGGCUUACUGUCAUUUUGGCAUUUUGGCAUUCCGGCAGCCCUGUCAUCGUCACGUGGAGCGGCAACGUGA